AACAAGACAAUUCGACAGAAAACAAAAACAAGAAAGAUGAACAUGUUUCCCCAGUUGGCGUUUCCGAUGUUCCCUCUGAUGAAGAGUUUUGACCCAACCCAAUCUCUCCUCCGGCCUGUCAAUCUGUCGUCCCAGGCGUCACAGAUCAAAGUUCACCCAUCAAAGACGACGAAUCCACAUCUACACAAUAUUCUGGCACCGUAUUGUGAUCCGAUGCUAAAUCUACGUCGACCGUCUACGAUAGGCGGCAGUAAACCGAAGGUGGCGACCCCUAGCGUCGUAACUAAGAUUGAACAGUAUAAGCAAGAGAACCCAACCAUAUUUGCCUGGGAGAUCCGAGAUAAGCUUCUCGCUUCAGGCAUUUGCACUCAGUGCAACCUUCCAAGUGUCAGCUCCAUCAACCGGAUAUUGCGUAACAGAGCAGCAGAACGAGCUGCAAUGGAGUAUGCGCGGUUCUUCAGUAGAUCUCUGUAUCCGGUUCCGUAUCCUCCGAUGUGGGGUAUUCCAGCUCAGUCAUUGGAUGUUCGGGAUACCUCCCCAAGAGUCCCUGUGAUACAGACACAAUCAGAAGCGGAAAACAGCGACCACGAUACAGAAAAAGAUGAUCCGGAUAUUGACGUUGAGGAGAAUUCGUCGGACCACGCGGAAGACCUGGAUGACGUCAACUCCCAGCCCCAGAAGUUGCGACGUAACAGGACGACGUUUUCGUCAGAGCAGCUGGACGUCCUCGAGCGGGAGUUCCAGAAGACGCACUACCCUGGCGUCACGACACGUGAAGAUCUGGCUAAGAAAACGGGCCUUUCAGAGGCAAGAGUACAGGUUUGGUUUUCGAAUAGAAGAGCCAAAUGGAGACGGAAUCAACGUUUGACUUUUCUACAAAACACGACACGUGCCCUGCUGACGUCAUACCAUCCUCUCAAUCUCACUACCUCAUCAUCUGUUACCAAGACAAACUCAGAGGACUUAAACUCUUUCUCAACCCUGCACAAACCGGAAGUAGAUGAUCAUGACGCAAACAGGAAGUCUCCUGUUGCUAAAAUUGGAAGUGAAGACUCUGCUUUCACGCGCGUGCCGAGUGUUGUGGUUUACAAUGAGACCAAAAUGGAAUUGGAAACGGAAACGGAGAUUUAAAAAGGAAGAAUUGACGUUGUUCAAACAAUAUUGUUUUCUUCAAGAAGUCCCUCGUGAUCUCAAGAGGGGUCUAUUAAAGGCAGUAUAACUGCAAGAAAGAGAAAAGCUGUAUUUUAAGUGUAUAAAAUCGUUUUGUAUUGGCAAAGUUUAAUAUAUUGCUUAGUAUGUGUCCGGAUAGCAACUUUGUGCACAUUCCAUCUUGAACUAAGAAGUGUUUUUGUAUAUUUUGACAGAUUUUACAAGUUGAGCGAGUGCAUUUAUCUUUCACAAAUAGAGAUCGGCUCUACCUGGAGCGGCUGCUAGCUAUUCUGAGAUCUUCUUCUUCUCUUCUUUUCUUCUGAAGUUCUGUCCGUCCAUUAUUGAGCGAGAUGCGUCACCAUUAAAUACCCUUGCAUACUAAAGCUAUAUUACAUACCCAAAGAUAAUUUUUAUACCAACUGAUAUUUUUGAAUAUGCAAAAUUCGAUUUCUGCAAAACAAGAAACCCUGUUGCAUAUGAAAAAUCGAUGUUUGGGUACGCAAAAAAUCAAAAUCGUCAUCGGGUAUUUUGUGUGAGCAAAACAUAUUUAAUUGUGACGUUUCUACCGUAGCAUAAUCCAUGACAUAUUCUGCACGUGAUUGCUCUUUUGUAGAUGACUUAAGGCAAAUGGGAAAUGAUUGAAAUGAAAAUCAUUUAUAAUGUAUAUAUACAAUGUAAAUAAAGGUAUGAAUUUACUA